GUCUGCUUCAUAAUGGUGCUGUUGGUUCCCUUGGGUAUCAUGCCCGAGGGAAGAAGAGGAAGAUUUCCAAGCCUCUGGAUCCCCAUCAUGCAGAUGAACUUCCAGAAGUUGAAUAUGUUGGUACAAGGAGCCAGCCUGAUAAGCUAGUGUACACAUGGGAGUGGCAAACCAUGGAGCACUGGGAAGGCCGUCCUUUAUUCGUCCAGACAAGCACAGACACCAGCAUCGCCUUCAGUUUAUGCAACAUCCACAUAGACUUGGAUUUGGAGAGUAUCACAAGGUCACAGAUUUAACAUGUGGUUAUGGAUUCACUGUUUUUGCAGUCAGUAAAACUCAAGAUGCUUCUUGCUAUGGAACAGGCCUUAAUACUGAUUCUCAAGUAGGUGGCCAUCAGCCCAGACAAGAUCACCCUCUGGGAAUGUUAAUAUCCCCUGCACCAAUUGAGGUCCCAAUUAAUAAAACUGCUAAUGUCAUCAAGGUUGCAGCUGGUAGAGCUCACACGGUCAUGGUGACAGACAAGGAAGGUGUCUGGACGGUGGGAAAUAACGCAUAUGGACAGUGUGGCAGAUCUAUUAUUGCGGAUGAGGAUUAUGGAAAGCAAACAAUUUACAACAGGAUAAGAAUACUAGAUCAGCUGGAUAUAGCACAAGUGGAGUGUGGUCAGGAUACUAGUUUCUUUUUGACUAAAGAUGGAGUGGUCUAUUCUUGUGGCUGGGGAGCAGAUGGCCAGACAGGUCGAGGGCACUAUGACAAUGAGCCGCGAGUGGGCCCAGUUAUUGGUGAUAUUGAAGGAGAGAAGGUGGUGAAAGUAUCCUGUAGAGCUGAUUGUGUCUUGGCUCUAAAUGAUAAAGGAGAGGUGUUUGGUUGGGGCAACUCUGAGUACCAGCAACUUAAUUCAGUGACUGAUGAAAUGCAGAUUCAUACCUCAAGAAAGUUGAAGUUGCCAGGUGUUGGGAAGGUGGUUGAUGUGGCAUCUUCAGGGACUAUGUGUUUGUUACUGAAUGAGGAUGGCCAGGUGUUCAGUUGGGGUUUUGGGCCUAUUGGCAAGGGACCAGAAGUAACUUAUUCGAAGACUCCAACUCAUAUACCUAGUACUUUAUUUGGGAAGAAUGAAUUAAAUCCAGAUGCAAAGGUGGUUAGUGUAAACUGUGGCAUCAAUAUACUAGCAGCAAUAAACAACCAUGGAUGUCUGUUUACAUGGGGCAAGAAUCCUGGAGGGUGCUUAGGCCUAGGACACAUUAAGGAUCAGUAUUUUCCAGUGCGGGUUGCCAUUGCUGGUGAAAUUCUGAAAGUUAGCUGUGGUGUUGAUCAUAUGGCCGCUCUUGUUCGAGAAAUUAUUUAAUGCUGUACAUAGUUUUUUAUGUAUUGUUUUUUCUUUAUUGUAAAUACUUUUUUUUACGUGAAAGAAUUAUUAUCUAGUCUUCCAAGGACACUGCUUGCAAAUACAGU